AUGGCCAGCGCCCAGGUGAGGAGCCGAUCAUCCUCUUUCUAUCCUUCAGAGAGCAAUCUCGCCGACUGGUUUUUUCUGCGCUGACGAUCCGGGGAUCGCCGUAGCGCACGCGCGGGCUCCGAACUCGGAAGGACUCGCUGUCCUCCUCGGAUCGGCGUCUUAUUCCUCCCCGUUGACUGCCUCCGGCAGCCCCUCCCUUUCUUGCGUUCUUGAGGGAAGCAGAAGGGAGAAAAACCCCCGGAGAUAUCCCCGCGGGGGGGGGGGGAGACGAUCCGAUUCGAUUCGAUUCGAUUCGAUCCGAUCCGAUCUGGUCGAUAGAGAGGAGGGAGAGAGAGAGUAGGGAGUAGAUAUAAGAAAAGACAGAACGAAGUAGGAGAAGAACUCACGGAUCGUCGUCAGACGUCGAUCAAACGGCGGAGAUCGUGCCACAUGAUAAUUUAGCACUGAACUACACAUGCAUGGGCAUGGGUUUUCUCUUAGGUUUUUGGCGUCAUGGUGAUCUUCUGCUUCGCUGCUGUGGGGUUCUGCAGGUGGAGACGCACUUUGUGCUGGCGCCUGAAGCUACCCCGGCGGUGGCGAAGGGGCCCGUGGCCGUAGAGGCGGGGGCUGUCGCUGAAGAGCAAUCACCGUCGAUAGAGGCAACGGAACAGAUAGCUAUCGACGAAACCGCUGCUGCUGACAAAGCCGGAGCGGCAGUUAUGGAGGCGGCGGAUGAAGCAGCUGCUGAGGUUUCUGCCGAGAAAGCUGUCCCGGCUGCGGCCUCAGAGGAUGCCCCUGAGGCCCCCGCCGAGGAAUCUGUCCCCACUACUGAGGAACCAGCUCAUGCCGAUGUGGAGGCGGCGGCGGAGGCGGUAGCCGACGCAGCUGAGACCAAUCCUGCGGCUUCCGGUGUUGAGACCCCAGAGGCGCCAGCUGAAGCUUCCGCCGUUGAGGAUUCCUCUCCUCCUGCGACAGAGCUGACGCAGGAUCCUGCCUCCGCCACCGAGGAGCCCACUCAUACUGCCGAGGAAACAGCCGUGGAGACGCCCGCCCCAGCCUCCGAGGAGCCCGCUGCAAUUGAAGGAGAGGCAGACGCAGCGGGGAUCCCUGCAGGGACGGAAGAGCCUGCUUUUGCAACUGAGGAAGAAGCAGCGGAGUUACAGGAAACCGCUCCAGCAGCUGAGGAAGCAGCAGAGAAGACCUCUGCCACAGCCGAGGUUGUGGAGUCACAGGUGGACGCCACAGAACCAGAGAAGACUGCUCCUGCAGCUGAGGAAGCGGCAGUGGAUACCCCCCCCGCCGACAAGAAAGUGGAACCGGAAGCUGAGGAAGGGGCAGCCGAGGAAGCAGGCUCUCUGGCAGGAGAGCUCCCAGGAGACCCAGUCGUUGAAGACCCAGCUGAGUCCUCACCAGCGGGAGAAGAGGCCAAGUAA